AUGUUCCAGCCCGCGGAGCCCGGCCAGGAGUGGGCCAUGGAGGGCCCCCGGGACGCACUCAAGAAGGAGCGGCUGCUGGACGACCGCCACGACAGCGGCCUGGACUCCAUGAAGGACGAGGAGUACGAGCAGAUGGUGAAAGAGCUAAGGGAGAUCCGCCUCGAGCCUCAGGAGGCGCCGCGCGGCGCAGGGUUGAGGUUCCUGCACUUGGCCAUCAUCCAUGAAGAGAAGGUGCUGACCAUGGAAGUGGUCCGCCAAGUGAAGGGAGACCUGGCGUUCCUCAACUUCCAGAACAACCUGCAGCAGACUCCUCUCCACUUGGCGGUGAUCACCAACCAGCCAGAAAUCGCCGAGGCACUUCUGGAAGCUGGCUGUGAUCCUGAGCUCCGAGACUUUCGAGGAAAUACCCCCUUACACCUCGCCUGUGAGCAAGGCUGCCUGGCCAGUGUGGGAGUCCUGACUCAGCCCCGCGGGACCCAGCACCUCCACUCUAUCCUACAAGCCACCAACUACAAUGGUCACACGUGUCUGCAUUUGGCCUCUAUUCAUGGCUACCUGGGCAUCGUGGAGCUGUUGGUGUCCUUGGGUGCUGAUGUCAACGCACAGGAGCCCUGCAACGGCCGAACUGCCCUCCAUCUCGCGGUUGACCUGCAGAAUCCCGACCUGGUGUCGCUCUUGUUGAAGUGUGGGGCCGACGUCAACAGGGUCACCUACCAGGGCUACUCCCCGUACCAGCUCACCUGGGGCCGCCCAAGCACCCGGAUACAGCAGCAGCUGGGCCAGCUGACCCUAGAGAACCUUCAGAUGCUGCCCGAGAGCGAGGACGAGGAGAGCUAUGACACGGAGUCAGAGUUCACAGAGGACGAGCUGCCCUAUGAUGACUGUGUGCUUGGAGGCCAGCGCCUGACGUUAUGA